AUGAUCAAGGCUCAACAAUACAUAAAUAAAGAAUAUCCAAAAUCAAAUAGAAAUAAAGUUACCAAAUUAGAUAUCAGUAAUAAAGGCUUAGAAGGAAAACUAGUGCUAGAAUUAAAAGAAUUUCCUAAUUUAGAAGAAUUGGAUUGUUCUAAUAAUCUAUUAACUGAAAUUACUUUUACUAAUCCUCAUAAAAGAACAACUCGCUCAAGCUCAAGGCUUGCGGAGUUAGAAGAAUUAUCUAUUGCUAAUAAUAAGUUUAUCGGUUCUCUGGAGUCUUUAAAGAAUAUGACUAAGUUGAAAAGGUUAGAUAUAUCUGAUACUGAUAUAAAUAAUGGUUUAGAAUAUUUACCGGAGAGUUUAGAGGAAAUUAACUGUUCUUCUGGAAUGAAAAAAGAUGCAAAAGUACAGAACAUUAUUCAAAAACUAAAUGACUACAGAAAUAAUGAGAUUGAAGAAGUUAAAAGUAUUAUUAGUAGGUUGGGUAAAAAUGCUGUAGUUGUUGUUAAUGAGUAUUAUGCUGAGAAAAACAGAUUAACUCCUCUUCAUGUUGCAACUGCACGAAAUUAUUUUGAAAUAGUUAAAUUACUUUUAGAAGCAGGAGCUGAUCCUAAUGUAAAAGACUCUAAAGGCAAUACUCCUUUACAUUUUGCUGCAGAGAAAAAUAGAUUGGAUAUAUUGAAGACGUUGGUAGAAAAUAAGAAUUCAGAAAUUAAGGGUAACAUUGAUGCUACAAAUGAAUAUGCAAUUUAUGAUGAAUUAUUGUCAAAAGUAGUUACUAGUGGUGAUUCUUACGUGCUAGUGAAGCCGACAAGCAGUAUAGAGCCACGGAUUAAUGGUACUAGCAAGCAACAUAAAUAUUUGGAUACUUUGGCAAGGCUGUUGACGAGUACAAAGGAUAUUUGCGUAGCUGUUUGUUAUGAUGAAAAUAGUGAACAACUAUUAGUGGCUAAUAAUCGCAGACAAGCUGAUUAUGCUGAAAUUUAUUUAGAUAAAUUGAGGGAGUUUAUAAAAGAGUUUUCCAACGAUAAGUAUGAAGAUUUGUUGACUUUGUCUGUUUUCCAAUUAAAGGAUUUGAUUGAAAAGCAACAAAUGGGGGCAGUUAUCCAAGCUAUUGAAGAAAGUAGUGAAUAUGAAAAAUUUAAUAAAUUUAAAGAAAAGAUAGAAAUCUAUGAAAAUAAAUCUGACUUGUUUUUGAUUAAGGAAUAUGCUAAAGAACUUUUUUCAGAAAUAAAUCAACUAAGAGAAAAAAAAGAAAUGACAAGGGCUAACGAGUUUUGGAAUUAUUUGGCUCCACUUGAGGAUGCUAAUAUUAUUGCUCAAGCAAUAAGUCAAGGAGAUUUGGAGUACAAAAUAGUCAAAGCAAUUAAAGAAAAAUCUGUAGUUUGCAUAGAAGGAGAAGAAAAUGUUCAUGCCGAAAUGAAAAUAAUAAAUAGACUGCGGCAGAAUUCACCAAAAAAAAAGACUCUUGUUUAUAUUGGCAUCAGCAAAUUUUCUUGUCUUGUUUGUCAGUCUACUAUUGACACAAUAAACAGGAGGAGCAACUUUUCAUCGGAAGGCUAUGAAUUCGCUAUUCGUGGUACGCAUGGUGGAACUUAUCCAGAAUGGAUAGAGCCUGACCUUUCUUCGAGUGAAAGAAGAGAAUUGAUUUCAAGAUUAGAAAGAAUAAAAGGAGGAGAAUAUCCUCUAAAGGUACGAGAAAGCACUAGUACGAUUUCACAAAAAUUGAAAAUUGACUUUGAAGAAAAUGACGUUUUAGCUGAUUCUUUAAGUAGACGAAUAGAAAUACUUGAGAAAAUAGAUGAAAUGAAGAGAUUAUUUACCGAAAAAAAGUCGGUUGAAGAGUCAGAACUAGAUUGCCUGCUCAGAGUUAUCAAAAAAGGAAUUGAUUGUUUAAAGAAAGAAGAAGAAUCUAGCGUCAAGAAGAGAGACUUACCGCAAGAGCAAAAAGAGCAAACUUUUCCCUCUUUUCUUUCGCUAAAAAAAACGAAGGUGCAAGUAGACCUGCAAGAACCUGAGUUUUAUGCUUAUUUACGUGAUGAAUUAAACUUAACCCCAGAACAAAUUUUAAAUGAUAAUAGUAUUAGUUUAACUGAUUUAAGAGAACAGUUUAAUGAAUAUAAACAAAAGCAAGAGCAACAAGCCCAAAUACUCAACAAAGAACCUUACGGCACUCCCAGUCCCUCUAAAAAAUAA